AUGGGUUUGUUCGAUCAAGCAGAGUUUGACAAGGAAACGUCUCGUAGUUUCGAUCCAAAGGAAAUUGCCUUGGCGAGUGCUCGCUACGAGAAGAAAGCUGCAGAACUGCUCAAAGAUAAAGAAGAGGUGCGAAAGGUUAUCGGUUACAUUGAUCUGACCACGUUAGCCGGAGACGAUACCAAGGGUAGGGUUGUUGCGCUCGUGGAUAGAGCAUUGUCACCAGUUCCUGGUGAUAGUUCCACUACUUGUGCUGCCGUUUGUGUUUAUCCGCAACGUGUGCGCGAUGUAAUAAAACAUCUAGACGAGAUAAAGAAAACGAUCAAUGUUGCAGCAGUUGCUGCGGGUUUCCCCUCUGGACAAUAUCACCUGCAGUCGAAGCUGGUGGAAGUGCAGUUGACAGUAGCUGAUGGUGCUACAGAGAUAGAUAUUGUCAUCAGUCGCGCCGCGGCUCUCGAGGGCGAAUGGGAAACUGUCUACGAUGAGGUUUUGGCACUUAAAUCAGCGUGCGGUAGCGCUCAUCUCAAGACGAUUCUUGCAACUGGAGAGCUGAAAACUUUGGCAAAUGUUUACAAAGCGAGUUGGGCUAGCAUCUUGGCAGGCUCCGACUUUAUCAAAACCUCAACGGGAAAGGAAACCACAAACGCUACUCUGGAAGUAGCGUUUGUGAUGUGUUCGGCAAUCAAAAGAUGGCAUGAACUUACCGGCAAGAAGGUGGGCUUCAAACCAGCUGGAGGGAUCAAGACACCACUGGAGGCUCUUGCUUAUGUUGCUCUUAUCAAAGAUGUACGUCAUCGCGUUUCCUUUUGUGAUCCUGCUAUGCGCGUGACAUUUCUUCACCCUGACUUGGGUAUUGGUGGUGCUGAACGACUCGUUGUGGAUGCAGCUGUGGCACUACAAAAUAAAGGUCAUCAAGUGAAGAUAGUGACAAGCCAAUUCGAUCCCAAUCAUGCAUUCAAGGAAACAAAGGAGCUAGAUAUAACGGUCAUCCAGUGGUUUCCGCGCAUGAUUUUUGGUUGUAUGUGGGCAUUUAUGCCGCCUUAUGUUAGGAUGUGUCUUGCUGCUAUCUAUGUCUCUUUGUAUGUCGAUAGCGAUGUCAUCAUAUGUGUCAGCGGCUUUAAUAGUACUGCGGUGUUUAUCACGGGAAUCUUCGCCUCUAUUUUUUAUACUGUCACCUUUCCCGACAUGUUGCCUCUACGCACACCACCGGAGUCUUUCCUGAAAUCGGUAUACAGGUAUUUCCUCGACUCGAUUGAAGAGUUUUCGACUGGACUAGCUGAUUGGUUAAGAAGACAUUCAAGCACUCCAAAACCGUGGGAAUUAUUCGUGCUCUACCCCACACUCAAUACAGACUUUUUUGAUGAUGCAGGUGAUUGCAAUAUUCCGGAACUUCCUUCAACAGCUGAGCACAUCUUCACUUCUCUCAACCGAUUCGAAGUCAAGAAGAAUGUGAAACUCGCCAUUGAAGCCUUUGCUGCCCUUCGUUCGAUGCUCUCUGACGAUGAAUUCGCACGUUGCCAUCUAGUCAUCGCAGGCGGAUACGAUCGGUUGAACGUCGAGAACAUAACUCACUUCAAAGAGCUCGUCGAUUGUGUUUCUGAUAUGGGCUUGAAAUUCAGCCAAGUGACUUUUCUGCGUUCUCCUUGUAAGUUCCAUUUUCCUUUAUAUCACCAAGUGAUGGCCGACACUUGGGUCACUUGCAUCCUGCGUGACAGAUUAUUUACGCACGCUGCACCCAAAACGUCGUAG